CCCGUUUGCUAUUUCUUUCUUUGUUUGCUGGGACGGAUGGAAGACUCGCUGACGCCCGUCUCGCUUGAAGCCGUGGCGCACCAGCUGCUGAGCGCUGUGGCUGCAACCCGAACGCUCUCGGACGAUCUGCUCGUUUCGCUCUCGCUCAUCUUCAAGCACGGACUGCUGCAACAAGCACUCGACAUUGUCGACCGCAAGUGCAUCACUCGAAUGAAGUGCCCUGCAAACCGAGUUUUCUAUCAGGUUGCUGGCUCGGCUGGGCGGUUUUACAUCUGCUUGCCAGACUCGAAUUACUGCUCCUGCAUGUCGUACGUGUUCUCUGUGCUCAAGUCAGAGUCAUCUUAUUGCAAGCAUGUCCUUGCUGUCAAACUCGCCGACGCCCUGGCACAAUGUUUGGAACAGGACAUUGAUGAUACGCAAUACCUGACCAUGCUAUGUGCAUCCGAGCUCAACGAGACUGGCCAGCCUCUUGGACAGCAGGCAGCAGGCCCAUCGAGUGUUCGAGCAUAGGGUUGGACGCUUUUGAACAACUUUUUGUUCUUCCAGCGAUUUUUUGUUGUUGUUGUUAUUGAAUGGCGCGUCGCGCUUUGACACCCAGCGACCACCCAGGCGACCAUUCGAAGCGUCGCCUCAAUCUUACUAUGCGUUUGAUUCUCGUGUGCUCUCGAGUAUCCUGUCCGCAAGCAACAUGGUGUGUCACCCAAGCAAUACCCAAGCAAUCAACCAACAAAAUGAAACCACCAGGAAAACCGUGGGCUCCCAAACAAUCGUCUGCAUGACACACUUGCUGGCCAUCGUUUCAUCCACGCUUGUUCAAGUAGGAAAUGCAGAAUUGUGCAGCAACCGUUUUUUUCAUUUUCCAAAUGUUUUGCUUUCAUGUGGUCGUUUUUUAAAAAAAAAAAAAAAUACAAAGCACUCUUCUUCCUG